GGCUGCCCACAGCUUGACAGCAGACGUUACGGCUGGGGAAGUGACGUCACUUUGCUGUCCUGCAAGCGCCCCAACGCGCACGUGAGUUUCCCAAUAUGCUUUUUCUUUCUCUCUUGCAGUGUCAACGCCUGCGUAGAUGUCGUCCUGUCGGGUGUGAAGCUGUUAGAGGCGCUCGGUCUUGAUCCUGGGGACGGAAGGAACCACGUUGUGCUGAAUUCCGGGCAGGAGCUGAAGGAGGCGUUUGCCUUCUUCAUGCAGAAAGGGGCAGCCGCCGAGCGCUUCUUCAGCGACGCCGACGCUUUCCAUCACAUAGCGCAGACGGCCUCCGAGUACCCUGAUGCCCAGCUCUAUGUAGGAGGAAAUGCGGCUCUUAUUGGUCAGAAGCUUGCAGCAAACCCAGACCUGAAGAUCCUCCUUUGUGGCCCGGUUGGUCCGAAGCUUCAUGAACUUCUUGAUGACAACGUAGUUGUGCCACCUGAAUCCAUGCAGGAAAGAGAUGAAUUCCAUCUCAUCUUGGAGUAUCAAGCAGGUGAAGAGUGGGGACAAGUGAAAGCACCCAGUGCCAACCGCUUUAUCUUCUCUCAUGACGUAUCAAAUGGUGCCUUAAAUAUGUUGGAAGUGUUUGUGUCCAGCUUGGAUGAAUUCCAGCCGGAUCUUGUGGUCCUCUCGGGACUUCACAUGAUGGAGGGCCAGAGCAAGGAGAUGCGACAGAGACGGCUGCUGGAAGCAGUGGCCUCCAUAUCUGAUAUUCCUACUGACAUUCCCAUACACCUGGAACUGGCCAGUAUGACUGAUCAGGAUCUUAUGAGCAACAUUAUGCAUCAGGUCUUUCCCCUGGUGAACUCCCUGGGGCUGAACGAGCAGGAGCUGCUCUUCCUCACGCAGGCUGCCGCCGGGCCCCACGCCUCCCUGGCCUCGUGGGACGGAAUUCCCGACGUGGGUAUCGUCAGCGACAUCCUCUUCUGGAUCCUGAAGGAGCACGGGAGGAGCACGGACAGGGCCUCAGACCUCACCCGGAUCCACUUCCACACCCUGGCCUAUCAUAUCCUCGUGACAGUGGAUGGCUACUGGGGCAACCAGGUGGCUGCCGUGGCCGCGGGUGCCAGAGCGGCAGGGACACAGGCCUGUGCAACUGAGACUAUUGAUACCAGCAAAGUCUUUCUGAAAGCUCCUCUGGAGUUUGUGACCUCCCAGACAGAGGCCCCCUCCAAAAUAUCUUUAAAUCCAGAUGAGCCAGUAGUGCAUUGGCACAGAGAAGGCAUCUCAUUCCACUUCACUCCCGUUCUGGUGUGUAAAGAUCCUGUGCGGACCGUGGGCCUCGGGGAUGCUAUUUCAGCCGAAGGACUGCUCUAUUCCGAAGUGUAUUCUCAGUAGCAGACCA